AUGUCUUCUGACGAUGCUCCAUCACCACCCCAUUAUAAACACUCCACAUCGACUUUCGCAGACGUUUUUAAGACACUAGGUGUUGUCCGCCCCAAAUCGCAAUCACCUGUUUCCCUACAAGACAGCAGCAGUGAUUCUUUAUCGCAAGCAACGGAUGGACGGAGAACCAGUCGUAUAGUGUUCGGAUUUGAAUCAAUGCAUCGUGCCAGCGUCGUGUCCAGCUCCUCGGACACUCCUAGUGCUCCGGACUUCGAGGCGUCCCGCAAGAGUGUGGCGCAGAGUCAGAACUUGUCGCAUGCUAUCGAGGAGGCAGAACAUGUGUCGAGGUCAAUUCAGUGGUUCACGUCGGAUCAAUCGGUUGCUUUGUUGGAAACUGGGGCAUACUUGUUCCACCAUCCAAGCUCCCCAGACGCUCGAAGGAGUGGCUCCAGAUUGCUGGAAGCCACCGCGGCCCGCCAGGAUUUGUCCCCCGCAGCAAGGCGGUACAUAUUUGAACUGAUAUCAUGUCCAUCAGAGACUGAUGUUAUACCUGCUCGGGUCCAAUCAUUGAUCUCGCUUUCAGACCAUGGCAGGAAAUUGGAAUUCGCCACUUCGUCUAUCCUUCCCAUAGUAUCAUCCUGCAUCGUGCCACUUUAUGAUAUUAUCGCAUCAGCUCGAUUGAAAGCACGGAAAUCAAAAGUCACCAAAUCCAACGGCAACGGCCAUGACGACGCUAGCUUGGACGAUCUGUUGCAGUUUGCUGUCGAUUUGAUCACAUUGCAACGAAAACCCCCAAGCAGUGAAGAAGUUGAGUCGCUUCUUGCCCAGAUUUUCACUAUAUGCAAGAAAACCAGCGUCGCAGCCGACAUCAAGAACUCUUUGCUUGUGUUUGAUGCCAUCAUUCUUUAUGCAGAUGUGCCAGACGCAAGUUUCGUCCCUAUGCUCGAGGUCCUAUGCAGUAUACAUGCUUCUGUCAAGUCUCUGUCCGGCCCCACAUCGAGGGCGGUCCGAAAUCUGGCAAAAUCACGCAGACAGGUGGAGAUGGUGAAUACACUCCAUUCAUUCUUGCUAGAGUCCUCUGAAGAACAGAGCCGGAAUUUGAAUGUCCUUCGAGGCACAAUAUAUGUCUUCACAGAUCUUGUUCGGGCCCAUGGUCAGGAUGGAAUACCGCGGCUCCAUUUCGACAAGUUAAUGGAAUGUCUUCGCGUUGUUCUAAAAAAAGAUGAUGCCCGUGUUGAAGCCGACAUUCUGGAUCUGUGUCUGAAUAUUCUUGAAGGGGAACUCACACUUAUGGACCAUGAACAGAGUUGGUCGGAGUUUGUCGAGAUUCUUAUGUUUUGUUCUCGCAGAGCUGUUGAUGAGCCUGAGCAGUGUCCCACAUCACCCACGUCACCCUCUAGCCCCCAUCCGCCCCACCUUAAAGGCACUACACCUGACGACACAAAGUCCAACAUCCUGGCAAAUGUCAUCCGGGUUGCCUCUCUGAUAGAAUCACUCUGGGAUCAGUUGAACCAACACCAAAGAUUAGACGCCGGACGUUUCCUGAUGAAUGCUUGUCAACAUAUUGAGCCUUCGCAGGCCGAUUUGAUCGUCAAUGAAAUGAGGGCAGAAAAGCUUUGCUUCCCCGGAAAUCCUGACUGGGAGCGUCAUUGUCAGAAACUUAUUAGCUGCUUUGUUCGAUCCCGUACCAAGCCCUCCGACAUUCGCAUCUUAGCUUUGGAUACUUUGAAGGAGGCCUUUUCUAGCUACGAUUCUUUGGUUGUCUUUCAAGCUCAAGGUUUUUUAAAUCUCAUGCUUCACGCAUUCUCUGACGAAGAUGACAUUCUAUUCCUCGAGUCUCUUGUUUCUUUCAUUGUCGACAUCUCUAUUCUUGCCAGCGACUAUGAAACAUUCAAACUCCUCGUGGAUACUAUAAGCUCGCCCAUGAGUGGAGAUUUGAAUAGAGACGAAUCGCACGAAUCUGAGACUUCUCCAUCAUCUCCCCAACGUCGUUCAUCUGCCGGUGCAUUGGAGCUAUCCUUGGCCAAUGUUUGCUCUGUUGGGCUUGUCAGGAUCUUCCUUCGCUCUUUGAAUUUGGCAGCAAACAAAGUGGUGUUGGUUUUCGAGACACUUCUAGGCAUCGCAAAAUCUCCAGAUCGGCCCCCGGAUGCCCGCUUGACUGUGCUCAAGCUGUUGUUCAGGCUCCGAUGUGAUGACUCGGGAUCAAUUACAGUGACUUCGAUAUCUGAAAACGACUUUCUGAUGAACGUAUUAGGCCGGUCCGUCGAAGUUGGGUCGAAACUACAAAACAGCUUUGAAGAUCCUUUGGCGGACCAUGUUGCCGAUCACGAAAAUAUCCAGUCCACGCCGGUCAGGAAACCUUCAAUUAUAGAGCAACCUGGUAGUCUCUUAUCCAAGUCUGCGGGGCGUGGCAUAGGAUUUAAUCCUCGCGCGUCAAAACUUACACCUCCAGUUUGGACGUAUGCUUCGCCCCAAGUUCUUCCUGAGAAACCACCGGACGAAUCCAGUCCUUUUGUCUACGCUUACGCAACACCAGACAUAUCUCAACACAUAGAAUCAGAACCCACACAAAGGAUUGCUUUGAAAGCCAAUAUGUGGCUAGAGGCCGUUAUCUCGUUGUUGCAACGCGAGACUAACUGGGACAUUUACAGUUAUGUUCUCACUCACCUUGGGCCUCAGCUUAGCAACAAGGAUUUCUUCAGUAGUGCAAUCCCUCAAAUCAAGUUGCUCCGCAGUGUUUUGUGUGAUCAAGUCAAGAACGAAACAUUUCGUGAGCCCCCAGCAUCAACUGGUGUGAAAAAGACCGAUGUUGCUGGUUGCAUAUUUGAUUCUCUCUCCAUGCUAGUCGGUUACCAUGAGCAUUUUGCCAAGAGUGAAGAGGAUGAGCUUGUUCGUGCCUUCAUGAUGGGCAUCAUUGGGUCCUGGGGAGGUACUUCUCGUGGAUGUAUCCAUGCGCUCUCUGUCUGUUGCUAUGAGAUUCCACUCUCGGUGACAAAGUCGCUGAAUGGGAUUCUCGACAAGAUGUCAAAAGUGAUUACCAUGCCUAGUCUUGCGGUUCACAUUCUUGAAUUUCUCGCAUUGCUUGCACGAUUGCCUGACGUCUAUAUCAAUUUGCGCGAGGAAGAGAUCCGCACCUUAUUUGGUAUAUGUAUUCGAUUCCUGCAAACAUCCAGAGAGAACCGGUAUCGGGCUUCCGAAUCACCUUCCGUGCGAGGCUCCCAGACUCCCUCACGUCUAGGCGGUAGUGUUGAACCGUCGGAUCCGUCUCAGCAAGAUGGAAUGUCGAAAUAUAUCUACACCCUCACGCAUCAUGUCAUGGUCUUCUGGUUUUUGUCUUUGAAACUGCAGGACCGUGCAAAGCAUGUCAACUGGAUAACUAGCAGACUUAUCUUCAAGGAUGAAUUCGGAAAAGAAAUGGUCGAGGAGCAAAGCCAGGUCUUCAUCGAUCUGAUGCAGAGGGUUGCCUUCUCUGAUUUGGGGGAAACUAUUCCAUACGAUACCUUCCCACCAUCUCCUGAGGACGGACCAGUGGUAAAGAAAUCCUGGGUCGUUGGAACCAGCAUUAUCAGUGUUGAAACUGCUGGUGUUUCAGGGCUGACUCAAAUCACGAAACGUCAAGCAUCUGGAACGACAUAUGCAAUGUAUCAGCAGCGAACAGCUCCCGUCCUUCCGCAUCAGGUGCCUCAAAUGCAUGAUACUCAUUUGCAAUUUGAUGCCAUGCGAACGGCCAUUCUCCCGAGCCACGUGAUGCUCCAGUUGACGACCACGGCUUUCCCUACGCCUACAGUGAUGCAGCCAAUCCUUCUUCCCGACGAUGACAUGACACGUCGAGCAAUCAGCACUUUUGACCGAAAUGACAUUGUGGAUGGGCACAAGAUUGGUGUGGUUUACAUCGAUAAUGGGCAAACAACCGAGGCCGAAAUUCUUUCCAAUACCGGUGGAAGUUCAGACUAUGAGUACUUCUUGUCAGGUCUUGGUACCAAGGUUCCUCUGAGGGGUGCGCAAUUCAAUACUCAAGGAUUAUAUCCUGAUAUCGACGGAGAAAAUGCAUACGCAUGGCGAGACCGAGUGACGGAAAUUGUAUACCAUGUUGCGACGAUAAUGCCCACUGAUUUUGAUCGCGACCCUUCAUGCAUCAACAAAAAACGCCAUAUCGGCAACGACUAUGUCAACAUUAUUUUCAACCACUCAAAUACGCCAUUCAAUUUCCACACCAUCCCGUCUCAGUUUAACUUUGUCAAUAUUGUCAUUAGUCCAGUGUGUCGCAUCGCUACUGGCGAGAGUCAGAUUGAGAAGCGGGAUAAUUUGGAUCCUGCGAAACUAUAUUAUAGUGUCAAGGUCAUGAGCAAGCCUGGCUUCCCUGAAAUCUCGUGCGCCGCAACACCCAAAGUGAUCUCAGGCCAGAAUCUCGCAGCGUUUGUUCGUAUCCUUGCCCUGAACGCUUCGGUGUUUUCACUUGUUUGGAACAGUCAGGGAGGCGAGCACAUUUCAUCCUGGCGCAACCGACUGCGCGAGAUCAAAAGGGUUCGAGAGCGGGCGCUGGCGUCGCAGUCUCAGAAUUCAGACACUCUCGAAGGCGCUUACCCGGGCCAGCGGCGCAACACCAAGGCCAACAUCUUUUCCGAAGAAGUGCCAACACGCAGUCCCGUCGUGAGGACAGACUUUGCCAGUGAUUGGGAUGCCGCAGCAGAUGACAGUAUUCUCCAGAAUUUGGACUUCUCCCGGUGGAGUCGUUGA